AAAAUUUCCUAAUUUUUAAUGGUAAAUUUUACGUACUAUUUUUUCCUUUAAGAAAUUUUUUCCUUAUAUAAUUGGUUGUUUUUUAAAAAUAAACAUAAUCAUUUAAGACGAUUUUAAAAUAAAACAAGAAAAAAAUGGAACAACCUUCACGUAUUGAUCAUAUGAAGCGUGGCGUUAUAAUGGGAAGUGCUGUAGGGGUGUGUCUAGGUUUGGCUCUUGGAACAUAUCACAUUUUCAGAUACGGAGCAGGUCCAAGAGGAUUCAUUUCAACUCUUGGUCAAUAUAUGGCAACUUCAGCUGGUAGCUUUGCAUUAUUUAUGGGAGUUGGUUCUGCUAUUCGUAGCGAAGAACAACCAAAAAAUAUUAUGUGGAAACAACAUUUGGAACGUCAAAAUUCUUUAUCAAGAGGUUUCGCCAAUUUACCCGUUGAAGUUUUAGAAGGAAAACGUUGGGAUAGGAAAAUCGUUGGAAUGUAAUCAGUCUUUCAUUAUUUUGGGUAUCUUGGGUUUCUUGGGUUAUAUAUAAUAUAAAUCAUUGGGAAAUCAAUUCUUUUUUUUUUCUUUUCUUUUAAAAACUAUUUUUUACAAAAAAAAAAAAAA